UUAUAGAAAUAUUCGGUAUUCGACUAAGUUAUUGCGCAUCAAGUACUAAAACGGACAAUUUUGGCUAUUUUCCAGCCCUGUAAAGGUGCUUGGAGGGUUGUGUGAUGAAAGAAAGUGAGAUGUUCCUGGAUGGAAGUAAGCUCGAAUGUUUGACGUCAGCGAACGGCAGUUAUUUGAGCAGCCUGGUGACAUUAAGGAAACUAGGUCUAUUAGUACGAUGAACAAUAAUGUGUCGAGUGUAGGAUCAACGCCUGGCUCGACAACUCCGACAACUGUUGGUGAACAACCCGAUCCAGAUUAUAUAAAAAUGUUUGUCGGACAAGUGCCCCGUUACAUGGAUGAAGAGGAUUUACGACGAAUGUUUGAAGAGUUUGGUCGUGUACAUCAAAUAAAUGUAUUACGUGAUAAAGUUACUGGUGCUAGUAAAGGGUGUUGUUUCGUGACGUUCUUCACACGCAGGGCGGCCUUACAAGCACAGGACGCCUUGCAUAACAUCAAAACACUUGGCGGGAUGCAUCAUCCUAUACAAAUGAAACCUGCUGACACCGAAAAUCGAAAUGAACGGAAACUUUUUGUUGGAAUGUUAAGUAAAAAAUUAAGUGAGAAUGAUGUACGAACAAUGUUCUGUGCGCAUGGUUUAAUCGAAGAAUGUACGGUGUUACGAGACCCGUCAGGACAAUCACGUGGCUGUGCCUUUGUUACAUUUUCAACAAAACAAGCAGCGGUUGCUGCUAUUAAAGCCUUACAUCAUUCACAAACAAUGGAAGGAUGUUCGGCAGCGUUAGUUGUUAAAUUUGCUGAUACACAAAAAGAAAAGGACCAAAAACGUUUACAGCAAGUGCAUGCAAAUUUAUGGGGACCGACGACUGUUAGUGCGGCCACAACAACACCACAACAAUUAAUACAAGCAACGCCUCAGCAGUUUCCUACAACGGAAUUUUUUGGAAUUGCGCAGGUAUUACAAAACGAUGCAUUAAAUCCAGCAUCGUUACAACUAUUACAAGCUAUUGGUAGUACAAAUUUAUUGCAACAACAUUUAAUUAGUCCAGAUGGUAGCCUGUUGGCGCCGAUGAGUAUGCAGAAUUUAAUGUUAGCAGCAAUGGCUCAACAGCAACAACCGGCCGCGGCAGCCACUCCAUUAUGUGUGGCAGGUUUACUUGGUAAAGGUGGUGUAGCGGAUCGAACGUCGGCCGCAUUACAAGCGGCUGCCAUUCCUGCGGGUAUAACUGCUAGUCUUCCUGGCGCAGCAGGUUUACCUGGUGCUGCAGGACUAAGAACAAUGAGUGCAUCUGAUCUCACAACAACGGCUGUCGGUGGUAGUGUUUAUGGACAACUUUUAGGGAAUACUAUAAAUACCGCGGCAGCAGCCGCUGCUGGUAAACAAGUUGAAGGUCCUGAAGGUGCAAAUUUAUUUAUAUAUCACUUACCACAAGAGUUCAACGAUACAGAUCUCGCAUCAACGUUCCUGCCAUUUGGUCAUGUGAUGUCCGCGAAAGUGUUUAUCGACAAACAAACACAUUUAUCGAAGUGUUUCGGUUUUGUAUCAUUUGAUAAUGCCACAUCAGCCCAAGCAGCGAUACAAGCAAUGAACGGUUUUCAAAUUGGUACUAAACGUCUUAAAGUGCAACUAAAACGACCCAAAGAGGCUUCACGGCCAUACUAGUAAAUAAUAUAAAUAUAUAAAAUAAGAAGUAAAUCCCACUUAUACCUAAAAAUACCUAAUUCGUCGAGAGAUCAUCGAUGAAACCGAACGAGCCAGUGUGUAAUUUUUGUAAGAAAUAAAAUAGAAUUUAUAAAAAAUAUUUUCUGUAAGAAGAGAAGAAAUUUCGAUUUUUUUCUGUUGUUUAAAAGUAAUUUUGAUUUUUUUUUAAGUAAAAAUAAUUUCGUUUUCUUGUCAAAACACCAAAGAAUGGAAUAAUAUUUUAAAUGCAAAAAAUAUUUAAUUGUGUUGUGUUCUCGGUUACCGCUUGUUUAAAAAAAAUAAUAAU